GAACGAGCCUUCAAAGGUUAAGGCCAAUGACUUAGGACCCUUGAGGCAAAAGGCUUCGGGUCAAUGGUUACAUGGGCUUCAAAUGAAGCUCCGUACCAUCGCGAAGUGCCGUCGCCCUUUGAGCCUUCACUCUUGGAAGAUCCCAAAUGGGUCAACAGCUUCGACAAGAAGAAGGCUGUGAAGCACGAGUCCUUUGAAGAGACUGGAGUUGAGGAGAGCAUCUAUGCGAAUUGGAUCAAGGGUGAGCUGGAGAAGGAGGCGGCCUGCCUCGAGCUGCCCUUCUCCGUGGUCUUCCUGGGGGUCUUCGCAGUGUUUGCCCUGGGCUAUUUGGCGCAGGACGUGGUGAUGAGUGUGGAAAAUUCCAUCGAGACCGACAUCAUCGAGAAUGCCAAUUUCGCCUUUGAAGGCUACUUCGGCAACAAAAACAUCAACGAUGUAAACAGCUUCGCCGACUUUUGGUCCUGGGCGCGUUUAGGGCUGCUGCCCUUGCUCUAUCCAGACCCGCCAUAUGCCUACUCCGAGGGCCUGGCAGAUGCUUUGCAGGGAUACAACGUAUCUGCCCUGCCCACGCAGUGGCAGUACCCGGGCUACGACAAGCCCGCGCCGGUGCAGAAUGACUAUUUGAGGUACAACCGAAUCAUCGGAGGACUGCGUUUUCGUCAGGAGGUCUCCGCCGACGACAAGGCCAUUUGCACCUCCUUCGGGCAGGCCGACACCUUCAGGUCCUGGAUAGGCAAACCCUGCACACACUUCUCCCAGUACGAGCUUCCGCCUGACCUUGUUGCUGCGGAGUCCUUCUCGCAAGCACCAGCCAGAAUCGAAUGGUUUUUGUCAGAGGCUGAAGGCCAAGGCAGCCUGCUCCAGCAUAUCAUUGACAUGGAGGACGGCUGCUUCUCAGCCCAAGCGCAGAACAGGACCUGCCUGUGCAGGUGGUGCAACGGACAGGCCGGGCCUCAUCCGUGGCUGGAUGAGCAAACACAGCGUGUGGAGAUUGCCUUCGUGACGUACAAUGCUCAUUAUGGCUUGUACAACUUGGCUUCAGUCAACUUUUGGUUCAACCGUGCUGGGCACAUCUUUAAGCUCGUCUAUGUCCGUUCUUCCUGGGCAGGUCUGGAGGUGCGCGAGCCCGGGGUCCUUGCCGUCAUUAUCAUCGCCGGCCUUCUUUGGCUCUUUGGCUGUCUCUACCUGGCGAAGGUAGAGCUCUUUGAAAUGGCCACCUUCAUCCAGAACUCGAACAAGAUUUGGUACUACACCCUGGCCCAGGACUACUUGGGCUUUUGGAACUGUGUGGAUUGGUUGGCGAUCAUCAUGACCACGGUCAUUGCAAUCAGCUUUGGGCUGCUGCACGUGUUCAUCGGAGAGGUGAACACAGAGUUGGGGAACAUCGUUGCAGAGGUGGAUGCCAACGGCUACCCAUCUGUGGAUGUGUAUCGAGGGACAGUGUCUGAGUUUGUGAACCGCGUCGUGGCGAUGCUCGACAUGGAAGGGACAUUCCGCUUCUGGCUGUGCAUCUACCCGGUGGUUCUCCUCAUGCGACUCUUCAAGUCCUUUGCUGCCCAGAAGCGCUUAGCCAUCGUCACAGACACGUUCAGAGUGGCUUACAACGAUCUGAUACACUUCUCCAUUGUGUUCCUCUCUGUCUAUUUCUGCCUUGCCGUGAAUGCCGUGAUCUUCUUUGGGCAGGAUAUGCUGGAUUUUGCCACUAUGGACCGUGCCCUUCACGCGUGCUUCCGAGCAAUGCUUGGAGAUUGGGACUGGGACGCGAUGGGGAAAAUUGGCAUCCACAAGGCCUUCGCUUGGUUCUUCUCCUUCAUGCUGGUCAUGGUCAUGGUGCUGUUGAACAUGCUGGUGGCCAUUCUCAUGGAGGCUUAUGCAGUGGUGAAGGAUGAUGCCAAGAAUGCAGACUCAUUGUUCCAACAGACGAAAAACAUUCUUCGCCGACACCAGCAGAACAAGCGCAAAGAGCGCGUGAAGCUGACGGACAUUUGGGAUGCCUUGUGCAAGGAGCACCACGAUGAUGAGACUGCCUUGCUUAGUAGCAAGCGCCACAUAACGCCAAGGUAUUUGCGGGAGAUUGUGGACGGGAUCCCUGCGUCGCAGGCUCUUCGAACUCUCAAGAACUCCCAGAUCGACUUUGACAAGAAGUACGACCCAGCCUUCGAGCUACAGGACUUCAAGGGUGGCCUGACAAACAUGGUGACGCGCCUGGACUAUUCAGCGCUUUGCGCCACGUAUUUGAGCGAGAAGAUCAGGCAGUACCAGGACCUCGCCAAGGCUGAGGGCCGGGACGUGAAGGUGGAGCGGGGCAGCGUGCUCCCAGGCGCAAGCCGAACGGCAGCAGAUGAGGGCGAAGGCCCGGGAGGCGAGAACAGUGCCGAGCAGGCUUUGGAAAAGGUCAAGAGACUUGCGCAAGACCAUUCCAAUGAGAUGGCCGAUGGGAUCGCCUCCAUCCUCGGGGAGGAAAUGCAGGAGCUGGAAAAGCGGCAGUACAGCCAGAGGAACGCCAUCAACACCACUUCCGAGCAGCUGCAAAGAUUGCGCGACAUGGUGCAUCAUUUGAGCGAAACCUGCGCAGAGAUCUCUGGCCUCGCUGAGCAUUUGGGGAGCACUUCGCUUCCUCCACAGGCCCUGCCAGCAAGAACUCCGGCAGCACUUCCUGCCUUGACAGAGGCAGCCUAAUAUUUCCCAAAGCGGAAAUGAACAUAAGUACAGUUACAAUGAUUAUGUAUUUCUA